AUGUCUGAAAGCCUACUCAACGAUGUCUUGGUGUUUGUGUUCAUGUUUUUCGCUCGGAUUAUAGUCACCACAUAUACCUAUGCGACACUUCCGGUGUACUACUUGUGGCAGAAGCCGUGGAAACGGCUGUCCGUCGCCGCCAACUGCGGCGGCAAACCCACCGAUCCAUCGGACCCGCACUCGGAGUGGACCCGCGAGGUAGCCAUCCCUCAGCACCCGCUCAUGAGCUGCCAAACGGUGAGCGAAGCCAUCGACAAAGUCAUGGAACUGUAUCCGUCGGACAAGCCAUCGAUCGGCUACCGGGAGGUGUUGGCGGAGGAGGUGCAGGUGGACCGGGAGGGGCGACCCAUCAAAAUAGACGGCAAAGUGCUGCGAAAGUAUCGUCUGAGUGACUAUCGGUGGCUGACAUUGGGUGAGGUCUCUCAGCGUAUAGACCGCAUCGCUAAGGGACUGAUGCACUGCGGGUGCAAACGAGGGGAUCGGGUGGCCAUAUAUGCCGAGACCGGUGUCCAGUGGUUCCUCAUGAGCGGCGGUAUCGCCAAAGUGGGCGCUGUUUUGGUCACUCUCUUCCAUACGCUUAACGAUGAGGGGCUCAUACAUGCGCUCAAUGAGACCGAAGUGUCGUUCCUGAUCACCAGUUUUGAGUUGAUUACCAGAGUGUCGGCGCUGUCCCCCAAACUGCCGGCCCUUCGCACUGUUGUCUAUUUUGAAGGACCGAAAAAGGAGUUGAACUAUAGUUUUAGAGAUGGUAUUAAAGUCUUAUCGCUCACUGAAUUGGAAAUAAAUGGUCAACAGUUUGGACACAAAUAUGAGAUCAAAUCACUAGAUCCCGACGCCGAGUGCAUGAUAAUGUAUACUUCGGGCACCAGUGGUCUACCAAAGGGAGUGAUCGGCACAUCGCGUCAACUAAAGGAGGCGGCGAUGGCAAUGGGACAGGUGGUCAGGGAUGUCAUAAUGGACGGACCCAACCACACGUACAUCGCAUACCUACCACAAGCCCACAUACUGGAGGCCACUAUAGAGGUGUUCCUAUACUUAGGAGGCGUGCGGAUAGGGUUUGCCACUCCAUUCACGCUCAAUGAGUCGGCCCCGGGUCUCGCGGAAGGCACCACCUGUGAUAUACAACUGCUGAGACCUACCAUCAUGACUACCGUUCCCUUGGUGUUAGACCGCAUUCGUAAGGAAAUGUACGCCAAACUUGCGGCUCGGACUCCAGUCUCGACCGAUAUUUUCAAUUAUUUAAUCGAUUAUAAGUCACAUUGGAUUCAAAAAGGAUAUGAGACCCCAAUAGUGAAUCAAUUAGUGUGCGGUAAAGUACGGCAGCAAUUAGGCGGCAAAUUGCAAUAUAUGGUGGUCGGGUCGGCACCCCUUUCCCCACAACUCCAGUCGCUCAUCAAAUGUGCGGUCAAUGUAACCCUAUUACAUGGAUACGGAACUACGGAGACCUGUGGCGCCUGCCUUUGUACGGAUUUCAAAGACCUAUCGUACGGCCGAGUGGGCGCACCCCUGAACGGCGUCAAAAUAAAGCUGUUGGACUGGGAGGAGGGCGGGUAUGCGGCCACCGAUAAGCCGCACCCGAGAGGGGAGAUCUGCGUCGGCGGCAAAUUGAUUACAAACGGAUACUUCCGAUUGGAUUCACUGAAUGAGCAGAGCUUUUACGUCGACUCACAGGGUUUGCGAUGGUUUAUGACCGGAGACAUCGGCGAGAUAUACACCGACGGCACGGUUAGGAUCAUUGAUCGCAAGAAAGAUUUGAUUAAAUUAUCAAACGGAGAGUUCGUGUCGUUGGGAAAAGUGAGUGCCUUUCCUCCCUGUCUGUCCUUUCAGAUCGAGUCGGCUCUCAAGAAUGACCCCUACAUUGACAACAUCUGUGUUGUGGGCGACGCUAUAGUCAACCAUUUGGUGGCUUUAGUACAGCCCAACCCCAAAACGCUGACCACUCUAUGCCGACAGUUGAAUAUCAGCGACAGUACACCACUGGCCGAGAUCUGUGGGCACCCGGAGGUCGUCAAACACAUUCAUGACUCGCUUAUAGAGACGGGUAUAAAGGACAGGCAUUUGCACAAAAAAGAGAUACCGACGCUGAUAACGGUGUGCCAUCAGGAGUGGAGUCCAGAUAAUGGGUGUCUGACCGCUGCCAUGAAGUUGAAGCGCAUAGCGAUUAUGGAUAGACAUCGCAAAGACAUCGACACUAUGUUUAAGGCUAUUAAAUGCAAUGAAAAGCAGCCCAGGGUCCAUAGUAUUUAA